GCACAUUUUGAUUCCGUUUGUUAUGGGAUUUGUUUUGGACAACGAGAAGUUUCAAUAGUGGGAUUAAAUUUAAUAAUCCAUAGGGAAUUACUCUACAUGUAUUAAACUAAGCAAAUGCUAAUAUAUUAAAGUUUAAGUCCAUUAGUACCGGUGUAACACUUGUCGCAAAAUGACGGCCGUACACCCAGAAUGGCGUCCCGGAAUGGACCCAAGACCACAAGGUGGUCCUCCACCAGGAUUCCAGAUGAGCGAAAAUCCUCCCCCGAUGAACUCGGACCCAGCCUACCCGCCAAUGCCGGGCUAUGAGGGCGUUGGUUUUGGACAAGCAAGACCAAUGCCUCCACCACCAAUGCCACCACCCCAGGGCGACCCACCACCGCAAACGUUUACGGAUCUGGCAAAGUUAGAUGAAGAGGCGUGUCGUUCGGCCAUGAUUCAACACGUGUCGGAACAUUGUUGCUAUGGAAGCAAGCCCGCAAAAGAAAUGAGUAUUAUGCAAUUUGAGGGCAUCACUGCUUUACAUUAUGUUUUGGAAACAUUUGGCGAGGGUAGAAAUACAAAGACUGCUAGAGAGCCCUACAGAGGCGGGCCUGUUGACGGCCCCGAGAAUGGACAACCCCCACCUCCGUGGGUCAUACCCUGCGCACCAAAUCAAAUGUUUCACUCCCACAACAUUGUAAAGGAGGUUCCCCAUACAUCGGUGAUACAGCCAUGUGGUGGUUGUGAUCAACGUGGUUGGAAUUGGUGUCAUAGAUGUGGAGCAGACGGACGCAUCCGGUGUGGCACGUGCGGUGGUGAUGGCGUCUGCAGUGUUUAUAGUGCUCAGGAAAAGAGGCACGUGCGCAGGCAGUGUCACAGGUGUCAUGGUUCCGGACAAGUGAGAUGUUCGAAAUGUGGUGGAGAUGGUAGAAUCACUUGCUCCGAGUGCCAGGGAUACCGGAUGUUGAGAUGUUAUAUUGAACUUACCGUCAGCUUUACCAACCACAAAGACGACUACAUUCUUGAAACAACUGACAUGCCUGACGAACUUGUCCGAGAAGUUGGGGGGACCAUUGUGUUUGAGGAUGUACAAAUGCAGGUUUUUCCAAUAACAAUGUACCAGGUGAAGGAAAAUCAAAAUUUUAAUUAA